AUGGCUGGGGGAGUGUUCGUUUUCGAGAACGAGUGGAUCUUCCCGAUUUCGCACGGGCCUGGGACCCUGGCAUCUGAGCUGUCGCUCAUUGGGGGAGAGAAGGGGGGUGGGUGCACGGUGCACUGCCCGAGUCACAGAACUGGCACACCUCGCAGUUGCACCAGCGACCAGGCUGCCCGCUGGCGCUUACAGGAUGACCUGGAUGGGUGGAUGGUCGUGACCAAGCCCUUGGCCACUUGUCCUGCUGGUGGUGGAUGA